AUGGGACGAACUCGUCGCAAAAGGAAAAUCAAAAAAGAUCGCGACUUUUGUGCUUGUGAUAAUCAAGAAGAAAUAGUUCUUCUGAACUCCUGGCUCUCUAAACAUGGCAUGCGACGCAACGAUAAGUUGUCCCUGGCAGUGUUCAACGACACAGGCCGAGGAGUUCUCACGAAGAGGAAAAUACAGAGCGGAGAGGAACUUAUGAAUUUACCCCUAAACUUAACUAUCAAUGUCACAACGAUUUUGAUGGACAAUUUAUUUUGUAAAAUAUUUUUCGAAAAUUCCAAACGAUGUUUAGUAGACUAUAAGCAAUCUAUUUCCUUUCAAUCUUUGAUGGCAUUUUACCUUGUAUUUUUAAAACUACGAAGUGGCAAAACAAAGUGGCAUAUUUACUUAGAAAGUUUGCCAAAAGAAUACUCUGUACCUUACUUUCUGCCAAAUGAUGUGAAACUAAAUAUUGAUAAUGACAUUCUAUCUGUGAUCUCAAAGCAAAAAGAUAUCAUUGAUUCCUCCUUUAAUAUUUUUGAAAAUAUUUUAUUAAGUAAUGUAAGUGAUGAUAGUGCAAUACAAGAAUUUAAGAGCUCUUUUUCCUUGGCAGCGUACGAGUGGGCCUACUUUACAGUGAAUACUAGAUGUGUGUUUAUGGACUUGAGUAAAGUGGUUGAUUUGAAAAAUAUAGAACAUUCAAUUAUAAACCUUAUAUGUGAUAAUACAAAGAUAUCAUUAUGUCCGUACCUAGAUAUGAUUAAUCACAGUCCAAAUGCGAGAAAUGAGACCAAGUUAUUGGUUAGCAAGAAUAUAACAAAUGUUAAUGUGAAUAAUUUAAGUGAACAAUUAUUUUGUGAUGUACAUUUUUCUAUAUACACGAAGAAUGAUUUUGACCCUUAUACACAAGUAUUCAUAUGUUAUGGAGACAGUCAUAAUUUAAAAUUGAUUACAGAAUAUGGCUUCUUCCUACCUGAUAAUGACUUGGAUUAUGUGUCAUUUACAUUUGAAGAAGUGAUUGCAUUUUUGAAAACGAAAUCAAUAAAGUUGUCUCAGGAUCAGAUUUCUUUUAUAAACAACCAUGGUUUGCGUAAGGACCUGUACAUUGACUGUAAGGGCCUGAGUUACAAUUUCUAUGGUUUAUUACUAGUUGUCAAGUACUACUAUGACCAGAGUACAGAUGUCAGCAGGUUGAUAUACUCUGCGGCUAUCUGUUCUCAUGAUAAUAAUCUCAAUGACAUUAUUGCACCGAUGGUUAGAACUAAGUUGAACAGUAUCAAGGAGUCAUUAGACAAAGUAAGCAAUAUUAAUAAAUGUGUUAUUUUAAAUAAUUGUGUAGAAUUAAUGUGUCAGUAUGUUAGGAUACUUGAGAAAUUUAUUAAAUGUUAG